AUGGCAGCUGUGAAAUGUCCCGUGAAAGACGCCUAUAGUUGCUUUGUCAAGAGAGGCAAAUGUAGACAGGAAUGCCAUGAUUUUGAAAAACCUGUUGGUUUCUGCAGAAAACUAAAUGCCAAAUGUUGUAUGUAG